CAUUCAUUCGACUAUUAACACAUUAAUCACGUGAAUAGAAAUACACGAUCAAGUAGCAAUAGUUAUGGAACAAAAUGAAACAACGAUUGAUUCGUUUGGCCGAAUAUUGUCGAAAAUCUAAAACAGAUUUUAAAGAAAUCUCAUUAACAAUUGGAAAAAAACAUGGAUUACAACAUUUUAGUAGCAGUAUCAAUGUCAACUCUAAGAAUAGAACAAAUCAUGAAUUGAUAACACCAUGGAUUAAAUCAUUACUACAAUCCGGUUCGGUAAUUGUAUCGACUGUGGAUGAUAUUUAUGCCAACCUAGCUCUAGAGGAAUGGUUAUUUCAAAAUUAUGAUUUCUCAGUGAAUAAUGAACAAAUUUUAUUACUGUGGUAUAAUCGACCGGCCGUAGUUGUUGGUCGUCAUCAGAAUGUUUGGUUAGAAGCAUCAAUAGAUUAUUGCCGUCAGAAUGGAAUUGAUGUGGCCCGUCGUAAUAGUGGUGGAGGCACUGUUUAUCAUGACAUGAACAAUCUGAACAUUUCUUUUAUUACAUCGAGAAAAUUUUAUGAUCGUAGCAGAAAUCUCCAAUUCAUUAGAGAUGUCCUAAGUGAUAAUUUCCGAAUUGAUGCUAACAUUUCUCCACGAAAAGAUCUAGUCAUUUGUGAUGGUGGAGAAAAAAUUUCCGGCACUGCAUCCAAAUUGAAUGAUCAUAACUCUUAUCAUCAUUGUACAUUAUUGGUAGAUGUUGAUAAAAGCAAUCUCCGAAAUGCAUUACGUCUACAACCGUUAAUGAACGUAUAUUCGAAUGCUACAAAAAGUGUUCCAUCGUCCACAAUAAAUUUAAAAUCAUUGCAUCAAUCAAUGACAAUGAAAUCAUUGAUACAAGCCAUAUCAAAAAAUUAUUCAAAAUAUUACACUGCCAACAAAGAUAGAAUUUCAUUUGUUCAUUAUUUAGAUCAAAUCGAUUCUGAACGAUUUGGUCCUGUUAUCGAUGAUAUUCGUUCAAAGUUUCAGUCUUGGGAAUGGGUAUUCGGUAGUACACCUAAAUUCACUAUUUGUUCUAAAUUGUUCUCCGAUCGAUCAAUGGAAUAUCAAAUGAAAAUAACCAUAGAAAAAGGAUAUAUUCAACAUGUGUCAAUCGAACCGAAUUUACUCAAUGAUGACUAUGACAAGAUUUUACAAACGGUACUAAUUGGCAAAGUACGUUUCGAAGAGAAAAAUUUGGAACAAGCAUUUGAAACUAUCAAAUCGGUUGACAAACAUGACCAAAUUCUUACCAAAAUUCUGUUGACCAUAUUUGUCACAUAUAAACAAAUUUGCUGUUGAAUUAAUUUGAAAAAAAUCCUUUUAUUUUCCAAAUAAAAAAAUUAUUUACAUAAUAAU